UCUUGGAAAUGAAAAAAAUGCGUUCUGCGUAGAGUCACUAUACCACAAGGACAGCACCACGUCUCGCCCACUCAACAAAGUUAAGAGGCUGUCUCUGUAAAAACCGACCACUGAUUUUACUUUGAAAAUUUGAUUUUUCUUAUAAGCUGGAUUUCAAAGCCCUUACCUGGUCAGUCACGAAAAUGAGUUUUAUUUGAUUAAAAAUUCUAAUUGAAUUUUUCUAGGAUUAAUUGAAGCUCGGUUUGCUCUACACAAGUUGCGUGCUUGCUGAAAUGGGAAAAAUAGCACCUAUUGCCGGCGCUCUCAAAAAAAUUGAUAUUUGCUCAUAAGUCCCAAUUCUUUUUUUCAACUAUAGAUAUAUCAUAUCAGUUUGUUUAGCCUUUGGGUAAGAAUUGCAAACGAAACCACGGUUUGUUGGUGGGUGGAUGUUGUUUGCGAAAAGUAUUAUUGGACACCUUUAACCACAAUUCAAGGGAUUUGAUCUCAAGGAUACCAAUCUGAGGCCAACUGCCAUACAUAGCAAAAUUGUUUGUCAUACUACACCCAAUUGCCUGCCUUAAGGCUAAAUUGUGGGUUACCUUGCAGUAUUAAUUUUCAUCAACUGCGGAGUUUAACUCAUGAACUUCACUGCAAAAAAAGCGAGACAAACAUGUUAAAAGUGAAGACCCAUUGGGUAAUAGUUUGAAUUUGUUUUGCUUGGUCUAGCUCCGACUGCUCACACGAAAUGGCAGAGGCAUUUUCCUCUUUGUAUACUUUUGCCGUAUACUUAGUAGUAAGCAAAGUCAACCUGUCUCUUACUGAUCUUUUGUUAACUUCGAAUCUUGGAUGAUCAAGGCCGUUUAGGUUGAUGGCAAUGUUGUUCCAAACAUCCCCUCUUUCUUUGCUCCUGUAUGGGUACUGAUAGGGUUCUUUCACCAAGACUUCCCUGCACAAAGUUCUAUCGUGUUUGUCUGACCACUCCAUGUCCUUUAUGCAUGUACAAAGAAAAAUAAAGCCAGCAGCAUACAGUUACUAAUUUUUGAAGACAAAUCACAUCUACAGUGCUUAAAGAUGACAAAAGUAGAGAACAAGUUUUGAUUUUCUUAACCUAAUUAGUUAUUUAGUUUGCUUGGCAAAAGGUAGGAAAACAAACAAGAAAGAUUCAAUGUGACUUGCUGGUGCCAGUGCACUAUGACCAAAAUCACGCAAUUUUUGGAUGUAUUUAGAAUCAAAAUAAAAAGAACGAAUGCAUCAAAAGUAAAUUAAGGUGCGAUGAAGUUUGUUUCAGGAAAGUGAAAUUGGUGGGUAAAAAUAUGUUGAUUUUAGCCAAAGUAUCUUCCUUUUAUGGUAUAGGGUCUAUUGUUCUACUACUUGGUGAAGUUUCGAAAGAUUGGAAUGUGCAGAAGUUAGGUUUUCGGAAGUUACCGAAGUCAGUUCAACUAGACCGCCAUCUUUGAUCGAUGAUAUCCAUGGCUUUCUCUCAAAAAAUCUCGCUUGUCGAUAUUGUAAAUAGUGUAGAUAUUCAAUAUAGUAUAAAAAGUGUAUAUAGUUUUCAUUCCAUUUUUCGUUUUUUCUUCUGGCUGUUGUUUUUUCUGGGAAUGGUGUUCGUGGGUAAAUAUGCGUGUGUCAAACACGACACAUGGCAUCACAGAGAGAUUUUUUCAGACAGCUUUCGUGUUGUGGCUCCAGAUAAAGCUCGCUUCUGUGAUUAUGACUGCUAAAAACAAAAAUAGGAAGAGGAAAAUCUGCCUGGCAUGCUGAGGAAAAAUUGUGCUGGAAAAAAAGUGUAGCAAGUUAGAGGAAGAAAGAGCCAGUCCAAUUGUUUGCCUCGAUGAUUCAGCCCUGGGAAAUAUUAUACUAAACAGAAGCAGAGAGUACUGAUUGGGGGCAGUUUGAAAGGCAGUAGAAUCUCCUUCAGUGGCAUGACCUCAGACAUCUUCAAGUCCCAUGUUGAGGCAGCACAAGAUCUAGGCAGGAUUCGAAGCUAUCCUGAUGAGAAAAGACGGCUUCUGUCAAUUGUUGCCAUGGACUUUUCCUAUUCCACCUUGCAGCGAUAUUUCCAGUGUUCCUCAAAAACCAUAACAGCAGCAAAGGUGCAUUGCAUACUUUUUGGUCGUGGAGGUGUUCCAUCAGACAAGUACAAGUUCACCCGCCAAUGUGUCAGUGUGCAAGUACUUGAGGAAUUAACUGGAUUUCUCUAUCGAGAUGAUGUUUCACGGGCAUCGUCAUGCCGUAGUGUUAUGGUGGAGGGUGAGGAGACAGCAGUCAGGUACUGGCAAGAUACAAUCAAGGGACUUGUAGACCAGUACCUCCUGGAAUUCCCCAAUGGAGUCAAGAGGACAUAUAUUUACACCCACCUGCCCACCAAUUUCCGUAUGGACACGAUGCUGGCAGGUUUGUGUAACCUUUGUGACGAUUUUGGCCACAGUAAUUUUGAUGAACUGUGUUCACUUAUUGACGAGGUAUCUUCAAUGUGUCCAGUUCUGAACGCAUCAUCCAUGAUAAAAGAUGUGCGUAUUUAUCAGAAAUUUUUGAAAACCAAGUUUUCGAAACUGGCACAAAAACAUUCACCCUGUCUUGAACUGUGCAUGUCAUAUGCAUUUGAUGCCUGCUCAGAAGACCAUAAAGCAAUGUGUGCAGAUAUUUCUCCCUUCUGUACUAUGUACAGCUCUCUAUUAAGAGAGAUUGAAAUGCUUCCAGAUGCUAGCAAAACAGAGCUGAAGCCAAGGUUAACAGAGCUGUAUGGAGUACAUUAUGACUAUUUGUCACAUUUACUACGAACAAAACAUCAGGGUGACUACUACCAGUUUGUUUUGAAGAAUUUGAAGCCUGGAGAGUGUGUCAUGAUAAUUGAUUACAAAAUGAAACUUGAACUAGGAAAGCGAAGCAGAGAAAUCCAGAGGGACUGGUAUGGGAAGAGAGGUAUUUCUUUGCAUGGAUGUUACGUAAUUGCGAAAGUCUCAGAUAAUGAGAAGAGCAGUGAAGUUUUUGACUUGUGGUCAGAGGACACCAAACAGGAUGCCUUUUUUACCCAGAGUGCAUUGGAUGUGUGCUUUACCUGGCUAGAAAGAACCUUUCCGGGCUUUGCUGUGUACCUCUUUUCUGGUAUGAAAGUUUAUUUAAUUCAUAAACAUGUUCUUAUCACUUCUUAUCCAGGCUACUGUUUACAAAAAUCAUAAUUUCCAAACAUAAGUAACCCAGGUGUCAUUAAUUGAUCAUCCUUAUUCAAAUGUGGACAGGCUUAUUUUCAUGAUGGAAAUAGGACUGUUUAUUCAAUGAUGCUCAACGUAUCUGUGAUGUUUUUAUUUUGCAUAAAUUUGAUACUGCUUGCCUAAGA